UUUAUUUCAAAAGUGGAUUUUGAUUUUAUGUUUUGUUCCCUUAGGGUGUGUAUUUCCCACAAUUCAAAAUAAACAUUGACAUUGACCAUAUCUUUGUAUAUAGACUAUAUACAAAGACCAUAUCUACUUUGGAGGAAAUAGCAAUAUCAGUUAUCAGUGUAGUAACUGUUGAGUUUCAACAAAAAAUGCAAAAUGAUGAAAAGUGAAGUGAAUAUGUUCAAACCUCCAGAGCCUUUGAUAUUAAACGAGGAUAGUAAUGCAAGUUACAGAAAGUUCAAACAAAAAUUUAUGAUAUAUAUGAGAGCAACAAAUUAUAUUAUGGAAAAGGAUGACAGAAAAAUCGCUAUUUUAUUGAAUGUGGGCGGCGAAGUUGUUAUAGAUAUUUAUAAUGCCUUGGAAUUGAGUGAAGAACAGAAACAAAAUUAUGAAACUGUGAUGAUUGCUUUUGAUAACUAUUUUAUGCCAAAGAAGAAUGAACUGCUAAGCAGGUAUCUUUUCAAUAUAAGAAAGCAACUUGAAGGUGAAAUGCUUAAAGAUUUCAUUAGAGAAUUGAGAGAUUUAGCAGAACCAUGCAAUUUUGGACACCAGAAAGAAUCAUUAAUUAGAGAUCAAGUAAUCCUGGGUAUUUCAAAUGAUCAGUUGAGAAAUAAUUUGCUCUCACUCAGAACUUUAACACUUGAACAAAUGGAACAAAUUUGUAAUGCUUCUGAGUUGAAAAAAAAUCAAGUAAAACAGGAGGUAGAUGAAUAUUCCAUCCUUAACGGAGUGGGUUGUUUCCAUCAAGCUCCUAAUAUAAACAUUGAAUGCAUCCCAGAGUUGAUGGAGAUAGAAAAACAAGAGCCAUUUCAAUUGCCUGAAGGAUUGCCUCCAACUGUUCUAAACCUAAUGGAUGAUUUGAGGAGGGCAGGAGAAAACUAUAAGGGUGAUAAUAAGAAAGAUUUUUUCACAGAGGAAGUCAAUUUGAAUUUAUUAAG